AUCAGCAUCGCCCUUCGAUCGCUUCAGUUUCACAUAACAUUGAAAAGAAAAAAAGAAAAAAAAGAAAAAAAAAAAAAAACAGAGAGAGAGAGAGAGGGGGAGGGAGAGUUCUCUCCAGCAUGCAAACUCCGAGUCGACUAAAAAAAUUUUCCACUUUUGCUAAUCCAAAUCUUCUGAAUUACCAUUUUGAAUCGUCUCUCUCAUACCCCCACUAUCAAUUUCUCUCCAAUUUUGAGCUUGUUCAUCCAUGGCGGUUUCAGACGUGGAAGCAGUGCUCGAUUUUCUGAGGAAAAAUGGGUUUUCAGAGGCAGAGUCAGCUCUCAAAAGGGAUGUGGUUGAAAAAUCUGAAUUGGGUUCUUUUGAUUUUGAGAAAUUCUUCUUUCCGAUGGUUCCUGCUCCACCUCCGGUCAGAAUUCCGUCCACUUCCCGGAAAUUGGCCGCUCGUUCUGACGGCGACGACGACGAUCGUUCUGGAUCGAACUCUGUUUCUUCUGACGAUGAGUUUGUAAGCUUGAGAUCUUCUACUUCUGACGUUUGCUCCUCUGAAUUCAUCAAUCCUUAUGGUAUUCCUUCAGAUUCUUCUUCAGAUAUUGCCUCUCAGUUCGAUACGGCGCGUGAUUACCAUGAAUUUGAUUUGCAGAAUGAUUUUCUUUGGUAUGAUGAGAAAGAGGAUGUGAAUUUCAUGACACCUUCCUUUGAGGGUCAGGAUUUCUUUGGCUGCCCUAGUGAGGAUAAGUUUAUAAUGACUACUCAGAGAGAUGAGCAAUUUAGUAGUUUAUCAGCUCCGGCGAAGUCGAUUCUUUGUCGUUCAACUCCCUCGAGUGACGAAAGUUUGAUCGAGGUCGACGGUGUUGACAGAUAUAAGCAACUUGAAGGAGGGUUUGAGGGGCUCUCUAAGGGCUCGAUUCCUUUUUGCAAAUGCUGUGUUGCUCAUGGAGAGUUUUAUAACAAGUCUGCAGAUUGUAAUUAUCUGAAUCCAAGUUUUAAUGAAAUGGAUUCCAAUGAUUUCCAGUCGAAAGUAGUUAAAGACAUUGUCGCUAAUUGUGAUUUGGCUCCUCAAUGUGAUUCUUCGACUGAUAUAUAUUCUAGUUCUAACUUUGUCCAAGAGUUUGAAGAUCACAAUGACUCCCAAAAUAAGAUCCUUGAAAGAAGUUACACACUUAAUGCAGCCAAUAGCUUUAAAGUCGGUAGUCUUGGAGAAGUACAGGAGGAAGCCAAUGAAUUUGAACCAGUUGCAGAUGGAGAUGGUGUUGCUGCUGACGACGAGCUCCCGAUGUAUUAUACCAACAAUGAUGAAUUUGAAGUAUUUGAUCUGAGAAUUAUACAUAGAAAGAACAGGACUGGAUUUGAAGAGAGCAAGGAUUUGCCUAUUGUGCUAAAUAAAGUCCUUGCAGGCAGAUACUAUGUUACUGAAUACCUAGGAUCGGCCGCUUUUAGUAAAGUUGUUCAAGCACAUGAUCUUCAUAUGGGAGUAGAUGUUUGCCUAAAGAUUAUUAAAAACGACAAAGAUUUUUUCGAUCAGAGCUUAGAUGAAAUCAAACUUCUAAAGCUUGUCAACAAACAUGACCCUGCAGAUCAGUGCCACAUUUUACGGCUUUACGACUACUUUUAUCAUCAGGAACAUCUCUUCAUUGUUUGCGAGCUACUUCGAGCAAACUUGUACGAAUUUCAAAAGUUCAAUCAAGAAUCUGGUGGAGCUGCUUAUUUUACAUUUCGGAGGUUGCAGGUCAUUACACGUCAAUGUUUGGAAGCAUUGGAGUUCUUGCAUCAUUUGGGAAUCAUUCACUGUGAUCUAAAGCCAGAAAACAUUCUUAUUAAAAGUUACAAACGAUGUGAGAUUAAGGUUAUCGACCUUGGAAGCAGUUGCUUUCAAUCAGAUAACUUGUGCCUAUACGUUCAGUCUCGAUCCUAUAGAGCUCCUGAAGUAAUACUAGGUCUCCCAUACGAUCCAAAGAUUGACUUGUGGUCUCUCGGUUGUAUAUUAGCUGAGCUAUGGUCGGGAGAAGUAUUGUUUCCAAACGAUGCAGUUGUAAUGAUCCUCGCACGCAUGAUCGGAUUGUUCGGGCCCAUCGACCUGGAGAUGCUCCUAAAAGGACAGGAGACACACAAAUACUUCACUAAAGAAUAUGAUCUGUUUUAUAUGAAUGAGGAAACUGAUCAAAUGGAAUUCAUCAUCCCUGAAGAGUCCUCCUUGGAGGAUCAUCUGCGAGUUUUUGACUCGGGGUUCAUUGACUUUCUUACAAACUUACUCGAGAUCAAUCCAGAAAGACGACCAACUGCAAAGGAAGCUCUCGCACAUCCGUGGCUUUCGCAGUCGUACGAAUAACCAUUCUCAUAAAAAAAAAUUGAAAAUAUAUUCAUUACCCAUCAAAUAAAUUAAAGAAAGCUAGUAAUAAGAAGAGGGAAAAAAGAAAAAUGAAUUGGCUUCUGGUUUUGCUUUUCAUACAUGUAUAUGCAUGGAGGUUCUUGUAUUUGUAUAUUUGUGUUUUUGUUGAGUACAGAUUGAGAACCCCCCCUUCUUUUUUUGUAAGUUCAUGGAAAAAAAAAUGUAGAAUUGUUUGAAACUUA